AUGGAUAUUGAGACUUUUGAUGAUUGGACUCCUGAUCCUCACAAAUAAGAUAGUAUACUUAAUUUUUCAAACAUUAAUUUUUCUGGUAUCAAAUAUUCUUUAUGUUUAGAUAAUGUUAUUAAGAAAAACAAAAAAAAAUUAGAAAAUUAAAUUUAUGAUUCCUAACAUGUUUUAAAUUAUGCCUAAUAAAAUUGGAUAGAUGAUGAUGAAGAUGAAGAAAUAAAUAAAGAUCCUCAAUUAGAAUUUAACUUUGAAUAAACAAAAAAAUAAUUAAUGAUGGAAUAAGUUUUUUAUAAUCCAUUAGAAGAUUUAUUAAAUGAAAAAUAUGUACAAAAUAAAUAUGAAACUCAUCUUAAAAAUUCUGAAAAUAAUACUGUUAUAAGUUGUUCAAAUUGCUUUAUUUAAAUUAGUUAUCAUUGUUAAUAACAUGAGACUUAUAAAAAGUAAUAUAGAGCAAUGGUAACAAUUAAUACAAAAAUCAUAGAAAACAAAUUUGUUAAACCAUAAGAAAACCAAAAAACAAAAAAUGAUGAUAUAUUUUUAUCAGUUCAAUGUAAAGUCUGCUAAGAAGAAAUUGGAGUCUAUGAUAUCAAUGCAAAAUUAUAUCACUUUUAUAAUGUAGUUUCAGGAUUAGGUUGA